AGGGUGCCGGUCAGAUGACGUCACGGAGACGCAAUCCCCGCCCCUGCUGUGUUGUGCGCGCGGUGAAGGUAGCGCCUGCUCCGCCCACAGUGGCUGUGCGCGCGGCAGUAGUGGAAGUUCCGUGGUGAACUGGAACAGCAAGCGCAUCUCUCACAGUGUAUGUGUGGCAACAAUAUGUCUGUGCCGCUUCUCGCCGAGGCUGUGACGGUGUCUGCCACCGAGAAGGAGACUGCUGCGGUUAUAUUUCUCCAUGGUUUGGGAGACUCGGGCCAUGGAUGGGCCGACACCCUGGCGGCAAUCAGGCUGCCCCAUGUCAAGUACAUCUGCCCCCACGCGCCUCGGAUCCCUGUCACUCUGAACAUGAAGAUGACCAUGCCUUCAUGGUUCGAUCUGAUGGGCCUCAGCCCAGACUCUCCAGAGGACGAGGCAGGCAUCAAGAAGGCCUCAGAGAACAUCAAAGCCAUCAUCGAUCAUGAGACCAAGAACGGUAUUCCUGCAAACCGUAUUAUGAUCGGGGGCUUCUCCCAGGGUGGGGCCCUCUCCCUGUACACUGCCCUGACUUGUCAGCAGCAGUUGGCUGGUGUAGUGGCUCUCAGCUGCUGGCUACCCCUCCACAAGACCUUCCCACAGGCGGCGAGCGGCAGCGGUAACAAGAACACGCCCAUCCUGCAGUGCCACGGGGAGAUGGACCCCAUGAUCCCGGUACAGUUUGGAGCCCUGACGUUCGAGAAGCUCAAGAGCAUAGUGAGCCACGACAAGAUCUCCUUCAAAACCUACCCUGGGCUCCUGCACAGCUCCUGUCCACAGGAGAUGGCGGCUGUAAAGGAGUUCAUUGAGAAGCAGUUGCCUCGAAUCUGACCUCAGCUCAUCCGUUAUGACCCCCUCCUGAAAUACUUACCUGUCAU